UGGCAAGGGACACGCAACGUGGCCGGCAUGUCGCCCUUAAGAUCUGCACUGCGCAAGAUGAAGCCCAUGACAUUUCGCAAGAGGAAAAAGCUGCCGUCAAACAGUUGGCUGAAGCCUCCCAGUCACCUUCUGCCUCACAGGGCGUCGGCCGCCAUCUCUUUUCGUUGCCCCUAGACAGCUUCAGCAUCGACGGGCCCAACGGCAAGCACCACUGCCUCGUGUUCAGCUUGCAUCGAUGCUCCCUCCGCCUCGCCCUGUACGAGGGAGCACACCUCCGACUCGAGCCAGCCAGGUCGCUGGCUGCACAGCUAGCAGUCGCCGUUGCGUACCUCCACAGCAUGGGCAUCGUCCACGGCGAUCUCCAUGUCGGCAACCUCAUGAUCGGAAUGGACUCCAGUAGAAAUCCAAGCAUAGAUUCACUCUCAACGGACCAAAUCUAUGAACAGUUCGGCGCGCCCAAGCCUGAGCUGUUCCCAGGCGGCGGCGGCGGCAGCCAGCCCACGCACAUGUACCCGUUUAUCUGGCUCGGCAAAGGCGCCAAAGACUGGACAACCAAGGAAACACGGCUCGUCAUCGCUGACCUGGGCACCUCCUUUCUUCCAUCAAAGCACAUUCGUACAUGGUCCGGAACCCCAUUGGGCGUCCGACCUCCCGAGUUACACUUCCUUUCCGCCGGCACGCCUCUCGGGCUACCAUCUGACAUUUGGACCUUGGGGUGUACCCUGUUUCACAUCCUAAGCAGCUGCAGCCUCAUGGGUAGCUACUUCUGGAGGCCGAGCAACAUGAUCGAUGUGGCCAUGCACAUGUUGGGGCCCUUGCCGCAGGCGUGGUGGGACCGCUGGGGGGUCCUGCCUUCGGGUGACGAGCAGGAAGACGAGCUCGCGCAAGAACGGCGUGCCGGAUGGCUGGACAACGGCGUCCCGCUGCCGCACAAGCCGGGCUACCAAUUGACACUCGAUGAGCGCUUUGAGAGUUGCGUACAGGAAAACCGUCGCCUGGAGUGGUUCGUCGAGGGGCUGAGCGACGUGGAGAAGGCGGCUGAGCAGAUGAGCGAUGACGAGCGGGACGCGCUGCUCGAGAUGAUCCGCGCGGUUCUACGCUUCAAUCCUAGUGAGCGCCUCACUGCUAGCGAGAUCUUGGACACCCGAUGGAUGCGAGAGUAUGGACUGCCCGCAGCUGAGAAGACCUGGGGUCGGCCAAUAUGGCCUUGACAUUCCCAAGAAUAUGGGCUGCCCCUUUAAAGGCGCAGAGUCAUGAUCUUGAGAACACAACUUUGAUCCGAUAGAUAGAACAAUCACCACUC